UUUGAGCCUCGAUUGCCAUUAUCGAUGCAUAUCGAACGGUUAUCACACUCACCAUCUGUUAGCAACGCGAUGGUCAGUAAGAUUCUGUUAUGUCUGACAGCAGAGAAUACUUCAAUGCCCGAAUAAAUGUCCCAACUAGACAUUAUAACUGGCAUUUUGUAUUACCGCACCUAUACCAUAUUCGUCUAUCAGGCAACUUUGAUCUAUCAACCGAUCUGCAUGUCUACAUAUAACAAUAAGUUUGCUACUCAACCGCCGAGUCGUAACCCUUUGAUUGAAGGGUCUAUAUAAGUGCAGUGGUGUUCCGCAAAGGUUAUGCGGGUUGUCUCGAAGAAACCAGACAAAUACAAAGGGCGACAGUAAAUACAUUGAAGAUUAUUGGAAACUCCAUCGACUUCCCGUCAUAAUAUGGCUUAUCCGUACGUCUCAGAGACCGGAUCCGGCUAUAGUGACCAAAAUUAUUGGCAGACUGGCACCCCAAUGUUGCGAAAUGCAUCACACGGGAGUGAUUACAGCGCAUACUCAGGAUCCAGCAGCGGGCAGUUUAACGAUAGUCUCUCGCCGAGCUCUAUAAUAAUAGGGGGCCACGACUAUGCUACGCCAGAGGGGGCCUACACUACAGAUAGGCAAAGCUACGAUACGGGCUACCAACCACAAGAGCCAGCUUUCGAUUUCCAGCUUUACAAUUUUAUCACCAACGGCGAUUCAGGGCAGGGCCCGUACUGGCAACUCAAGCAGGGUUAUUCGCCAUCUAUAGGGUAUCCAGCGAUCAUACCGGUUGAGCCAAGCCCCGAAUUGCCGCAAUCCCCUGUUGAUAUCACGGGUCUUCAUGUCUGUCUCGAACCAUUUUGUAAUUCAUCGCCGUUCAAACGCAAGGCAGAUCUCCAGCGCCACUAUCAGCAUAGACACCGUGACUCCAGUCAGAAAACGCCGUUCCCUUGCGAUUGGAAGAAAUGCCAAAGAUCGAAGGAACCCUUCUACCGGCUCGAUCACUGCAGGGAACACUAUAGAGAUUACCACCUUGAGGACAUGAUACGGCGCGGGUCCAAACAAGAAAACAGUGACUGGUGGGAAAGCCGCAAUGUCGAUUGCAGGUGGUGGCGCUGCACUAAGUGCCUCAGCCGCAUAUCUAUUGAUACUAAGGGCUUCGAAUGUUCCAAAUGCAAGAUAGUAUGCGAACCUGACCGCCGGAAGCUGAGAGGUUACGCAUAAGCAGUCCAGCUGAACGUCUACUGUGCUCAGCUCGAGCAUCCUGCCUCAAUGGAUUACCUAUAACUAACUCGGCAUAUCUGUGCAAGGGAUGUUAUCUACUCUGACAUGGCUACGAGAAAAGCCCGCUUAUUCUCCCCUCACAUCUCAUCCUUUAUUUUUAUUUUCCAUUUCACUUUAUUUUAUUAUUUACGCUGCGCCUUCUCCUUACCCCGGACUGGUUUC